CAGUGAUAUAAACAUAAACCAUCCUCUGUCCGAGAUAUAAAAGAAAAGAGGGGCGACAGAGAUUCAAUUCAUGGCAGCCAAUUCAGGGCUCGGUCCGUCCAUUGAUGAAGAAAGGUGGGUGAGCCUGAGUAACAGAGCCUUACAGUCAGAACUCAUCUUAGAAAUCGAUGGCUUUUCUCCAACAAUCUUUCAAGUCCCCAAGUCCGUCAGCGAAACCAAGCCAGAAGCCUACACCCCUCUGCUACUCGGCAUGGGACCGUACCAUCAUCUCCGGCCCGACCUCCACGCCGCAAACCUCCAGAAGCUCGUCGCCCUCAACAAAUUUCUUGGAAAAAACCCAUCCAAUAACCUCUCCAAACACAUCCUCAAAAAGAUGAGGGAUUUGGAGCUGCUGGUUCGGGCCAGCUACGACCAGUACGUGGAUCUGGAUUGCUCCACCCUAGACUACAUCCUCGCCGUUGAUUCUUUCUACCUGCUCGUUUUUUUGGGUAUGUACGGGAAGAAAACUCCCACUCUCGGACCCGGUUGCCAAGAGCUUGCCAAGGACAUCUUGAAGUUUGAGAAUCAAAUCCCGGCACGUGCCGUAGAAGAGAUGGGGAAUCAGCUAGGUAUCCCAACAAGCAAGCUGCAUUCAGAACUCUUUUACUACCUAUGCAAAGCUCACUCUCCGCUCAAACUUGAUAUGGGUUUCGUGAACGACUGCUAUGAGGGCAGUCACCUGCUGGCACAUAUGUAUCAUCGGGUCAUAAACAACCGGGGUGGACCAGUGACGCGGUUAAUGUCUGCAGGGGGCAAAAGCACAGAGGACGGAAUAGAGGCAUUAAAAGAUUUAAGUGAAUUACUUGGAGUAGGAGCAUCCAAAUGGAUUAAUCCAAUGCUAUUAGCUUUGGAGGCAUUACAAGUUUUGGAGAUUAGCAGCAAGUUAGCUGAUGAGAUUACUAAGAUUAAACUAUCAAAACCACCAAAGAAGAGUCAUCAAAUUCCUUCAGCAUCGGAUCUGUCCAAGAAACACAAUGUGGGUUUCAGGCUGCUGGAAUGUGAAGGGAUUAGGGAUAUCAAAUUUGACCUCCAGGACGACAUAAGAACGGUUUCUCUGCCUCAGAUCACUUUAAAAUGCGAUUCAGAGGUGGUUUUAAGAAACCUGCUGGCAUAUGAAUCUGCCAUUGCAAUCCCAGAGUCAGCCUUUGAGCUUGCUGGAUAUAUUCACCUGAUGAGCAACAUACUGCAGACACCUGAUGACGUGGCGUUGCUACGGGGGAAGGAUAUCAUCAUCAAGCAGGGAGACCUGGAUGACGCGGAAGUUGUUGAAAUCUUCAACGGGAUUGGAAAAACUGUGGGGGACUUGAAGCCGAAGAGGGAGUGUGCGAGCAGGGAGGUGGUGAAACAAGUGAAGCAGAUGGUGGAGGAAUGGGAGAAGAAGAGGAAGAGGUAUGUGUUGAAAAGGGUGUGGAAGUGUAUGGAGAAGAAGGUCAACAAUGGUGUGGAGUUGAUGAGUAAGCCUGUAAGAAUUGGUGUCAAGAGUCUGCUGUAUCUUAUCAUGAUUGUGCUACUUGUGCUGGAGAUGAUGCAAGCAUAUCGCCAGAUUUAUGAACCCAAGAAAGGCCGGGGUUCUUAGCCUAUGAGUUCCAAGAUUAUUUUUGGUGUCAGACAACAAACGUUAACGUUUUGUUUGAACAGACAAAAAAAACCUACACAUAUAUGUAUAAAAGUGUGUACACCAAAAUGGUGUGUACAAAAAGUAUUUUUGAUGAGUUCCACUAUGUCACGGGAGCGUUAGAUGCUUAGAUAUACUACGUAUAUAUUUAUUCACUUCCUAAAUAAGUGUAACAUGUUGAAUUUUACAUUAUUCACAUGUUCUAUUUUGACUUUGUUUUAUGUAUUAAUGUAUUAAUAAAUUAUUCUAUAAAAAAUAUUGUUAAAUUUGUGUCA